AUGUACCUCCGUGACGUUAUGAGCUCCGCUGUCUGCCGGUCCGCAGAACCCCCGUUGGUUGAGUUUGCUCAUUGGAGUCUGAAGAAAGUUUUGGGCAAUAGUAUGGGUGAUUUGUGUUCUUGUUGGGAUAAUAUUCAUAACGUCGUUAUCCUACAACACAACAAGAUUAAGGCGUCAUUUGAAAGAAGUCUGUUGCUUACGAAUGACCCUUUUAAAGGAUACAUAUAUAAAAAACUUAUUGGACAUGUCUCUCGAUAUGCAUUGGAUCUCAUUGCUAAGGAAUUGGAAAGAGUGCAGCAGAUAGGAUUGGACUCAUCAAAGUGUGGAUGCGUAUUGAGACGUACAUUUGGUGUCCACUAUGCAUGUGAAUUAGCAAGGUAUGAUGUUGGAUUGAUCCCUCUGGCUGAAUUUCAUAUCAUGUGGCGAAGAUUGCAUUUCUCAAAUGUUGAAUUAAAUGAAACCAAGCCCGAGUUAUCCAUUAAAGAUGAGUUGAAACAAGUAGAAGAACGAUUCAAUGAGGUUGAUAUUGGAGGUAAAGUCACCAUCAAGCAGAAGUUACUUGAAAUUACUUGUCCUACAUUGACAUCAAUGGUCCCUCCAUUACAUAAAUUCAAGACAAAGGGUGCUAAAAAAAAUGAAGAGAAAGAGAGUUCCAAUGAUAGACAGUUUCAUUUUAUUACUCACCCCUUCAUUGUGGACGUUGUUGAUGUUGUGGCUGAUGGUCACUGUGGAUAUAGAUGCAUUGUUGCGUUGUUGGGACUCGGAGAAGAUUCAUGGCCCAUUAUCAGAAAUGAUUUGUACAAAGAACUCAGUCAAUGGCGUGAUGAAUACGCAAGCCUAGUAGGAGGGUAUGAUAGACUAGAAGAACUAAGGAACUCUUUGUUGGUGCAGUCACAGUCGACAGCUAAUAGGAAUAAGUGGAUGACAUUACCAGACAUUGGUUAUGCAAUUGCUAACCGAUAUAAUGUCAUCUUAGUGUGUAUGUCAUCAUCUCAAAAUUAUACUAUCUUCCCACUACGUUCCACACCACCUUCUGAUAUAAGUCAACAUCGGUUAAUUUGUAUAGGACAUGUUCAUAGAUGUCAUUUCGUGCAGGUUAAGUUACAAGAAGGUUGUCCUUUUCCCAUGGUGAAUAUCAUCUCCUCAACCCACUAUUAUCCUGAGGCACGAGCGUGUUCAUUUAUUUAUACUAGUAGGAUGCAAACAUUUGCACAGUUGAUGGACAUAACGACAUCUUAUGUUGACUUGGGUGAUUCGUGA